UGCCCUGCGCUCGCGCGUGGGUGCCGGCGCGCUGCUCCUGCGGCCGCGCCGGCCGGCUCAUCAGUGCUUGGCGCUGCUGGCGUGGACAAGCAGGUAUGGCGAGCUCCGGCUGUGAGGGCCAUGCGGGCCAGGAGGGGGAGACGUUCCUGUAUUUCGCCUAUGGCAGCAACCUGCUGACCGAGAGGAUACACCUGCGAAACCCCUCGGCCGUGUUCUGCUGCGUGGCGCGCCUGCAGGACUUUAAGCUCGACUUUGGCAAUUUCCAAGGCAAAACAAGUGAGAGGUGGCAUGGAGGUAUAGCUACCAUUUUUCAAAGCCCUGGCGAUGAAGUGUGGGGAGUAGUGUGGAAAAUGAACAAAAGCAAUUUAAGCUCUCUGGAUGAGCAAGAAGGAGUGAAAAGUGGAGUGUAUGUUGUAAUAGAAAUUAAAGUUUCAACUCAAGAAGGGAAAGAAAUAACCUGUCGCAGUUACCUGAUGACGAAUUAUGAAAGUGCUCCCCCAUCACCACAGUAUAAGAAGGUUAUCUGCAUGGGUGCAGAAGAAAACGGUUUGCCACUGGAGUAUCAAGAGAAGUUAAAAGCAAUAGAACCAAAUGACUAUAAAGGAAAGAUCUCAGACGAAAUGGAAGAAAUCAUCAAAAAGGGGGAAUCAAAACUGUACAGAACAUAACAGGAGGAUAUUUCUGUGUGCAGUGUUUGUGAGCAGGAAUCUGGGACCUUCCUGUUUUUAACCUAUUCAUUUUUAACAGUGCUGUGAAGGGGCUUCUCUCUUAGGUGAUUCCAUAUUUCCAGAUGUAAAAAAGAACCGGAAUGGGGAUAGAAAUUAGACAAUUAAAAGGGACCAGGAUGUCCUGGAGUGUGUAA